AUGUCUCAUCAUCAUCCAGAGAAUAUGAACAACGAUCCGGCCGUGUACACCUUAUCCGAACAAGUAUCUCGAGUCUCCCUUGGUGGUAUAUAUGAUAACGCCGAAAGUCUACGAGGCAUCACAUCAAGAAACGAAGCCCCCGAAACAUACGGGCCCAAUACCCAUCAUCCCUAUGAAACCCAUGCAUACGCCACCGAACCUCGAAAUCCCAACGCAUUUAUGACCACAACCACCAAUUCGAACAGUAGUAGUAGUAGAUUCGAAAACGCCGAACCCACCGACCCCCGAAAGCGAAAUUCCGCCUGCACGGCAUGUAACUUCCACCUCGACCCCGACAAACCCAGUUUCCAAUGUCUAAAAUGCAUCAACUACGCCAUCUGCGGAGACUGUUACAUGGGCAUGUUAACUUCUCCAUCCGGAUUUGCGAAUAAUCACGUGAAGGAUGAAAGCGCAAGUACUGCUGGAGUAGUGGUGGAUGAUCAUAAAUUCGAGGGAAUACCGCCGGCGAAUUUGUUGAUGCGUGGUGGGAAGAAAGUACAUUGGGAACAGAUAAUUUCACCGCAAGGCGAGAUUUCUAUAUUGUUCUUCGAUGUUAUGGAUGCUUGGAUCGAGUAUUUGGAUGAAUACCAUUCGCCUGGGGUGGGGCAUUUGGUGUCUUCCACGGCGUUUUUGAAUACUGGAGAUAUUUGGGCGCCGAUAUCGAAGAGGGGUCCGUUGGCUAUAGAAGCGCAGUUUGGAGAUACAAUUACGAAAGCGGACGUUGCAAAGUCUUUCCCUGAAACCCUUCGUUCGCACUUUAUUUCCGGUGGAGUCAGGUUCUACGACUACUGGGCCCCACCCCGCGAUUGGGAGCCAGAGACAUCAAGACUCGUCCGACGGUUUAUUCGAGAAGACAAGGGACCGUAUCUCGACAGACAAGGGAUCUAUGAAGCUUGGUUUUUGUCUUUGAUCAGAGAUCCCGACGAUUUAUACGGUAACUUCAUUUCCAUGCUGGAUUACAUGCCAGCUCAAUAUUCGAGUCGACUCCCACCGGGGAGACCGCAAAGGGCGUUAUUCCCGUCACCUGUUUUGGAUAGAGGAGAAUACGGAGUCUAUGAUCUGAAGGAUACGAACUUGACAUUUUAUAGAUUUCCUCCGGGGAAGGAGUUAUUCCCCAGUGUACGUGGUGGGGUUCGUCGUUGA